AUGGUUUCCUUUCUGGACGACACCGCUCGGACCGCGCUUGGAGCCGAGUCCCAAACUAGAUCCCCAAAAAUAUCGUCAGCAGACUUCAACUAUUCCUUCAGCCAGGACGCAGAAGAUGAAGGGGUGAUUUCGAUAGAGGAAUUGCAGGCAAGCCAGCCAAACCAGCGGCCUGCAAGUACACCUGCUGAGCAGACGUCAUCGUCGGUUGUCGAUUCGUCUCCGAUAGACCACAGGACCCGCGUUCUCUAUCCAGAGUUCAAGCGCAGACAGCGCGACUCGCCUCACUGGACUCAGGGGACGCAUGCGGGCGUGACCCUGGACCAUGUGCGUGAUUAUCUGACGUGGUUUGGCACUCUCUCUCCGUCAAAUAAGCAUAUUGCUGACACUGCAGUGAACAAAAUACAGAAAUAUUUUGAGAAAAAGAACCAAGAGAAGAAGUCUGGGCAGGAAAACAUACAACAGGCUCCUGACAGCCCUACGCCAAAUAGUUCACAUAACGGGAUUGAGUCGAUCAUGGAGACGCCCGUCAAAAACAAUACCACUAAUGACACGGCCGCUAAAGCUGAGAAGGCUGUCACUCUUCCUCUGAAGGAAAACAAGGUCCUUCUGAACAAACCGUUGGAUGGAAGACGUAUGAUGAGCACGUCAUCCGCUGCCUAUGCCAAGCUAGAGCUUUUGACGCAGAAAGAAAGCUUGUUCGCGGACGUCAAACGCAAGAACUUUGCCAACGAAGUCAAAGAGCCUGAAGUGAAACGCGUCCAGGCAGUUACGCUAAGCGAGGAGCAAAAUCAAGUGAUUGAACUUGCAAGGCAAGGUCACAACCUAUUUUACACUGGUUCUGCAGGUACUGGCAAGUCUCUGUUGCUUAGGUCAUUGAUCAAGUCACUGAAAAAACAGCAUCCACUAGGAAGCGUCGGGGUGACCGCCUCAACAGGGCUCGCGGCUUGUAAUAUAGGAGGUCAAACACUGCACUCUUUCACUGGAAUUGGGUUAGGGGACGCGCCUGCAGAUAAAUUGGUAAAGAAAAUUAAGCGGAACCCCAAAAUGAAGGAUAGAUGGAGGGAUCUGGAAGUCUUAAUCAUAGAUGAGGUUUCUAUGAUUGAUGCCGGUUUAUUCGAUAAGCUGGAUAUGAUUGCUCGCGAGAUGAGAAAACAGCGAGAUGUUCCAUUUGGCGGGCUUCAGUUGGUUAUUUGUGGAGACUUCUAUCAGCUCCCUCCAGUGACCAAAAACGGCGAGCCAGUUUUUGCAUUCGAGUCACAGGCAUGGAAACAAGCAAUCAAGUACACAAUUGUUCUCAAGAAAGUUUUCAGACAACAGUCUGACCGCGACUUUAUCAACAUGCUGAACGAAGUGCGUAACGGAAAUGUUUCCGAAGCGACUGCGAGAAAGUUCAGGGCUCUUUCACGUCCUUUGGCUUCCAAAGAAGGUGUUAUUCCUGCAAAGCUCUUUCCCACGCGACGGGAAGUUGACAGAGCCAAUAGUACGAUGUUAAAGCAACUUCCGGGCGCGGAAGUUGUUUUUAGGGCUUUUGAUGGAGGGUCGCUAACCGAUGAAGAUCAAAGGCAGCGGUUGUUGUCGAGUUUUCUUGCUCCUGAACGAAUCGCACUGAAAAAGGACGCUCAGGUCAUGCUAAUAAAAAACAUGGACGAAACAUUAGUCAAUGGUUCCUUAGGCAAGAUUGUGGAUUUUAUCGAUCCCGAUACCUAUUCGCAUUAUCGAUCUAUCAAAAGUGAUAAAAUUGACGUUAAAACGCUAGAAGAAAAAGCCGCCAACUCGAUGAAUAAAGGCCCUCCAAAACGAGACGAGAGACAUUUGAUUGAAGAUUCCACUGUUUUGGAGAGCCAGUUGGAUGAGAAUGUUUUUUCAUUCUUGAAAGAGCUCAAGGAGGAACAGCCUGAAGAUCUGCCUGAGUCCGCGCAGAAAAACAUAGAGCGCAAAAUAGAGCUGUUGAAUCAGCUGUACAGCAGCUCUAAGAACAGAAGAAUGCCUCUCGUUCGCUUCAUUCAGGCCGACGGGACUACGCGUGAGGUGCUAAUUGAGCCGGAAACUUUCAGUCUCGAGGAUGAGUUUGAAAGGCCGAUUGUCUCGCGUACGCAAAUUCCACUAAUUCUCGCCUGGUCAUUGAGUAUACACAAGUCGCAGGGACAAACUCUUCCGUUGGUCCAAAUUGACCUGCGGAAUAUUUUUGAGCGCGGCCAGGCCUAUGUUGCGCUUUCGAGAGCCACUCACAGGAGGGGAUUACAGGUUAAGAAUUUCAACCCCUCGAGGAUCCUUACUCACGAGAAAGUGGUUGCCUUUUACGAUAGUCUGAUGACUGUGGACGAAAUCAAGGAUCGCGAGGAGAACAAGCGCAAGAAGACUGCGGGUUUUGUUUCGAGCACGCAGCUGGACCGGUUGGAGAAUCUGGCGGAGAAUGUUGCUGAUGCAGGCGAUUUUGUGAACGAGAAGGAUAAUGUAAUAGAUGAGUUCGACUCCGUAUGGAGCGGACAGUAA